AUGGACGCCUCCUGCGACCGCGAGUUCUGGAACUUCAGCGACCAGCUGCGCCUGCACAACAACUUCUCCAACCUCUCCAUCGCCGACUCCAUCUGGUCCUCCACCUCCUCGCCACCGGAUCCCUCCUUCUUCCCCGGCGGCAACACCAACGCCCCGGGCCUCAUCGGAUCCGCCAAGCUCGCCUUCGGCCACGCCACAACCACCAGCGCCGACCGCUACAACGCCAACGACGCCGGUGUUGGUUCCAACAACGCCGCCGCCAGCAAGACCAUGAGCGUGAACGACUACUACCUCAACAAGAACGCCAACGCCGCCGCCAGCAAGACCAUGGACGUGGCCGACUACUACUACCUCAACAAGAACGCCAACGCCAACAACGACGCCGUCAAGAGCUACUUCAACAAGUCCGUCGGCAGGCCGGCCAACAACAACAACGUCGGCGGCGGCGGCAAGAAGAACUCCGCCGCCUUCGCCGCCCACCACGACAAGAAGCACAAGAACUCCGGCAACGGCAACGGCGCCGGCGUCGACAAGAGGUUCAAGAGCCUGCCGGCGUCAGAGGCGCUGCCCAGGGGCGAGGCCAUCGGCGGGUACAUCUUCGUCUGCAACAACGAUACCAUGGAGGAGAACCUCAAGAGGCAGCUCUUCGGGCUGCCGUCCAGGUACAGGGAUUCGGUGAGGGCCAUCAGGCCGGGCCUGCCCCUCUUCCUCUACAACUACUCCACCCACCAGCUCCACGGCAUCUUUGAGGCUGCAAGCUUCGGAGGAUCCAACAUCGAUCCAAAAGCUUGGGAGGACAAGAAGUGCCCCGGCGAGUCCCGCUUCCCUGCUCAGGUGAGGGUUGCAACGCGCAAGAUCUGUGAUCCGCUGGAGGAGGACGCUUUCCGCCCCAUCCUCCACCACUACGACGGCCCCAAGUUCAGGCUGGAGCUCAGUGUCCCUGAGGCACUCUCCCUCCUUGAUAUAUUUGCAGAGAAGAUUUUUGCCUGA